AUGGCCGACAAAGACAAUUGCCGCAUGUUGACGGGGAUUCCUGUGAAGGAUUGGAUUGGUUGCCCUGCCACCGUCUCAUCCUUGAGUGCUCUGGUGGGUGCCAUCGUGCCUGGACAAUUGCGGAAAUUGGAGACGGUUUUUGAAGUCGUAGGUUUGCAGGUUUUGGGUAUUUCGUCCGUGAAGACGGAUGCGGAUGUGUGGCUCAUUGAUUCCUGUGUGAAAUGCAAAAAGGCAGCACCGUGCGAGGCAGAGCAUCCAACCUUUGUGAUGUUUUUCUUCGCUCAUUCAACGGACGGCACCGAGAAGCGCUUCGCUCUGAGGCUCACACUCGCAGAUUGCAACUGCAAGUGCGCCGUGUUGCUCUACCACGAAUUGGUGCUGCAACCGGCGGCCAGCAUGGAUUGCGUGCUAUCCGACUCGGUGCACGACACUCCGGCAGUGCGCCUGCAGCUGCGCGACUUGUUCGGGGGGGCACAGUGGCUUUGCAGAUUCACUUUCCGUGAAAAUGAUUAUCAGAUUAUCAGCAAACUCUGGAGUUGGAGUGCCGUCAUCUGCAGCCGUGUUGGCGGGCCAGCGGAGCGAGCGCUGUCGUCAAGCCUGGCGCGCUGCAGCGGAAAGACCCGCACUGCCAGUUGA